UUUUUUUUUUUCGAAAAUCUCUUAGCUUUUAGGCUACAACAUUCAACUGCCCCUCCACCAACAACAAUGUGGACAAAUCGGCUCACUACAUCAUGUCUUCAAGCAAGAAGGGUAGCUAGCGCAAUCCCCGGCGGCGUAAAUUGCUGCAUCCCUAAUACUUUUUCCAAUGCUUUACAACGAAUAAAUCGUCAAAGAGCCCUGUCGGGAGCUAUCUCGUUUCUUCAAUACCGAACCAAGACUACCUCUAUCACAAUCAAUGGCAAUACAUACAAGAAGGACACUUGGUUCAAUGUACCCCAAAAUGUCAUCGACAAAAUACCCCGCCGAUUGCACCUUCAAAAAGACCAUCCCAUCUCCAUAACCCGACAAAUCAUCGAGUCCGUAUUCCCGGCUCCGACUUUCAAGUAUUACAAUGAGUUCGACCCCGUCGUUACAACCCAUCAGAACUUUGAUUCGCUAGGGUUCCCAAAAAACCACCCCGGACGAGCUAAGUCAGACACAUAUUAUAUCAACGAAAACACCCUACUACGAACGCACACGAGCGCCCAUCAAGCGGACGUGUUCCGAGAGAACCUAAGCGAGGGUUACUUAAUCAGUGCAGAUGUCUACCGGCGUGAUGAAAUUGAUAAGAGUCAUUACCCUAUAUUUCAUCAAAUGGAAGGCGCGCGGUCGUGGGAUCGCGCUAAAGUAACCCUUGGAAACAUUCCGGCGGCUGUGUGGUCGGAGGUAGAAAAAUUACCGAAACACAACAUCGAUGUUGAAUACCCAACGCCCCUGUUCGACGAAAAAACAAAUCCUCGGCAAGAGGAAUAUUACUCUCCAUUCGAGGUCGAAACUAUCUCUACCCAUCUGAUGAGAUCUCUAGAACUCAUGGUAGUUGAGAUCUUCACUCGCGCCAAAUCAGCCGCGUUGAAGGCCGACCCUAACUUUGUAGAUGAACCACUCCAGAUGCGAUGGGUUGAAGCAUACUUCCCUUUUACAAGUCCCUCCUGGGAGCUCGAGGUCUACUACGGCGGUGAUUGGCUAGAAGUCCUUGGUUGCGGUCUGGUCAAACAGGAUCUGUACAUCAAUGCUCACGUCCCAGAGCAACGGGGCUGGGCUUUCGGCAUCGGCCUUGAAAGAAUUGCCAUGCUACUAUUUCAGAUACCAGACAUCCGUCUCUUUUGGUCACAAGAUGAACGUUUCCUGAGCCAAUUUAAGGGCGUUUCGGACAACCUAAGCUCUCUAAAACGUUUUGUGCCCUUUUCUAAAUACCCCAUCUGCGCUAAAGACGUAUCGUUCUGGCUAGGGACGCCAUCUGCGGCCGGAGGCAAUACCAAAGCUAACGUACACGACUUUCACGAGAACGACGUGAUGGAAAUCGUACGCAGUGUAGCUGGAGAUGACGUCGAAAAUGUUAAGCUGGUAGACCAGUUUACUCACCCUAAAACUGGAAGGAAGAGCAUGUGCUAUCGGAUCAACUACCGCAGCCUUGAACGGACCCUAACGAACAAAGAGACUAAUGACCUUCAUGACAAGGUCACUAAGGCUUUGGUGGAAAAGCUUGGUGUCGAAAUUCGGUGAUCAAUGGUGGAGGAAAAUAGCUAUCUCACCCCGAAACUCACCAAUAUGCCUAACGCUGACGUCUUUUAGUCAUUCAGGCAGUAGCUUGCUCUCAUAGUGACAAUAGUGUACCUUGAUCCGUUUCUCUCUGCCUCUCAUAGGAUGGGGAAGGCCGACCUAGGAGGAAGUUUAUCUAUUGUUAAAAGUUCGCAUUCACACAGAACUCCAGCGUCUCCUCGCGAGGCAGCCAAUGGCUCUUCUGUAACAUGCAACAUUUACUUUCGUGGCUUGUUAGUCAAGCGUGACUACUCCUGUAGACACUGC